AUGGAGGCCGAUGAACCGCCACCAAGUCCUGAAAUUUACGCCUUUCCCGACACAAUCAUUGGCUACAAUCUACGUAGCAAGAAGUGGGUGGACCUCGAGGUCGACCUGAUCCGAGAAAUCACCUGGAACAAGCAAUCGUUUGCGCACCUCGUCGUGGACAGCGAAACUAAAGAGCUGGUCCAAGCUCUGAUCACUAACCAAAUAGCCCGAGAGCAGGGCACUGACAUCAUCGAGAGCAAAGGCAACGGCCUCAUAAUCCUUCUCCACGGGGGCCCGGGCACAGGAAAGACAUUCACAGCCGAAAGUGUGGCAGAGAUGGCCGAGAAACCACUAUUCCGGGUGACGUGCGGCGACAUCGGCACGAAGCCAGAAGCAGUCGAAAAAUACCUAGAGUCUGUGCUCCACCUUAGCAAAAACUGGGGCUGCGUUGUGCUUCUCGACGAGGCCGAUGUUUUCCUAGAGCAGAGAACACUCACCGAUUUAGAGCGCAACGCUCUCGUUUCUGUGUUCCUCCGGGUGCUUGAAUACUACGAAGGUAUUCUAAUCCUGACCUCGAAUAGAGUUGGAACAUUCGAUGAGGCCUUUAAAUCCCGCAUCCAGCUCUCCCUCCAUUACGAAAACCUUACCAAAGGCCAACGCUACAAGAUCUGGAAGAACUUCCUCAACCGACUGAAAGACAUGGGCACAUCGCCCAAUGCAACAGUCACGAAGCCGGGGACCCGCGAACGUAAACUUGCGGGGCCUAUUGGCAUUGACUUCGAGGAUGUCGAGUGUUAUUUGAGCGAGCUUUCCGAGGUUGAGAUGAAUGGGCGCCAAAUCCGAAAUGCGAUUACGACAGCGAGACAAUUGGCUAAGUUCAAAAAAGAACUGAUGAAUUAUAGCCAUAUCAAGCACGUUAUCAAGGUGUCAGGCAAAUUUGAUAAAUACUUGAAUACUGUGCGAGAGGGGCUUUCGGAUGACCAGAUCGCAAGAGAUGACGGCGUCAGAUAA